AUGGCUACUAAUAAUAAUCAGGCGAUUCCACCGCAACCUCAACAGAUUUUUCCGAACGGAACUGCACACGUUGAUCCUGCUAUGAACAACUAUCCGCACAAUCAGAAUCAGCUCGGAGCGCAGUAUGCUGCCGCUUCUUCAGCGCCCACGUCCCCGUUUCCUGGAUGUCCAGCUGGAUUCGGACUCGGAUUUCCGACAAUGAUGAUGCCGACUAUCGGAUACGAAGAUCCCAACUACAUGAUGUGAGUUUGGUGACUACUUCAUCAAUUUCAGCAGGUUUUCUCAUCAUUUUCACUUGAAACUAAGAACAUUUCGGGCAAUUAGUACUCGGCAGUGUUCCUGAGAACAAGCGCAAACUUUAAGCAAAUUCUAAUAGAGUUGCCUGAAGUUUGCGCAAAAAUUGCUUCUAACUUUCUAUUAGAAAUUGCAUAAAGUUUGCGCAAUUUCUCAGGAACAUUGCCGAGUAGUUAGUAAAAUCUGCAGAAUUGACCGGAGAACCAGUUUAUCAUGGAGAACGGAAAUUUUUUGAAACAUUCCGAUUUUCAAAAAAAACGAGCAAUUUUUCAGUGCUCAAGCGGCGUACAUGCAAGUGUACGGCUCGUUUGGAAUGGGCAUGUACUCGCCCGGCGUCUAUCCAGAUCCGUUCCUUCAUGGUACCGGAGGACCAAUGGCUCUCCAUCAGCACAAUUACGGCGCAGCAAAAGAGGCGAAUCGCGGACGAGUUCCGUUCACUGAUCGGCAGAUCGCGGCUCUUAUGGAGCGCUACGCAAAGGACAACACGAUCAAAAAGGACGAGCGGAUGAAGUUGGGCGAGGAGAUCGGACUCAGCGAGCGACAGGUCAAGAUUUGGUUCCAGAACAAGAGACACAAGUUGCGCAAGGAAGGCGAGAUGAGAAGAGCGAGAUCGGAGGACGACACGGCCAGCGAUGAGAGCCACGAGUCGAGCCAAUCGUUCACGGAUCUCAACUGCAAGGUGGAGCCCUAA